CAAUUGGUUUCCGUGGAAAAACUUCCCAAGUACGCCCAGGCCGGGUUUGAGGGGUUCAAAACCCUCAACAGGAUCCAGAGCAAGCUGUUCCGGGCGGCGCUGGAGUCGGAUGAGAACCUGCUGCUCUGCGCUCCCACGCGUUUGGCCACCUACGGGAUCACGGUGGCCGAGCUGACCGGGGACCACCAGCUGUGCAAGGAGGAGAUCAGCGCCACGCAGAUCAUCGUGUGCACGCCCGAGAAGUGGGACAUCAUCACCCGCAAGGGCGGAGAGAGAACCUACACCCAGCUGGUGCGGCUGGUCAUCCUGGAUGAGAUCCACCUCCUCCACGACGACCGCGGGCCCGUGCUGGAGUCCCUGGUGGCCAGGGCCAUCAGGAACAUCGAGAUGACGCAGGAGGACGUGCGGCUGGUGGGGCUCAGCGCCACCCUGCCCAACUACGAGGACGUGGCCACCUUCCUCCGCGUGGACCCCGCCAAGGGCCUCUUCUACUUCGACAACAGUUUCCGACCGGUCCCUCUGGAGCAGACUUACGUGGGAAUCACGGAGAAAAAAGCGAUCAAGCGUUUCCAGAUCAUGAACGAGAUCGUCUACGAGAAAAUCAUGGAGCACGCCGGGAAAAAUCAG